AUGGCGGCUGUGAAUGGUUCCCUAAACAAUCACAAACUAGACAGAAGGGGGACGACAUGCAGUGUGUUUAUCAGUCAGGAAAAGUCGAGCCACUCUGUUGUUUUUAACCCCGACUUCUUCGUGGAGAGGCUGAGACACGAACACCCGCAAACGUUCGCCGAGCUGGUCCUCAGCAACAUUACUCGACUCAUAGAUCUCCCCGGGGAUGAGUUUGCACAGCUCAUCGAGUCCGAGCCCAGAGUGCCCUCCUCCAGUGGCUUUCUGCGGUCCUUCAACUUCCUCAGGCGGAAAGAAAAAGGAGUGGUGUUCGGUUCUCCAUUAACCGAAGAAGGAAUAGCACAGAUCUAUCAGCUGAUUGAAUUCUUGAGGAAAAACCUUCACGUGGAGGGGUUGUUCCGUGUGCCGGGUCACAGCUUAAGGCAGGCGGCCCUGAGAGAGAUGCUGAAUGCUGGGGCCGAGAUUGACCUGGAGACGGGUGACUUCCACCCAAACGAUGCGGCCACGCUGCUCAAAGCGUUCCUGGGAGAACUGCCAGAGCCUCUGCUGACGCACAGACACUAUCACGCUCACCUGAAGAUUGGAGAGUUGACUCACUUCGAUGAGAACGGGGAUAAGACUGAUGUACCAGACAAGGAGCGUCAAAUCGAGGCGUUCCAGCUGCUUUUCAUGCUGCUCCCGGCCGCCAACCGCAGCAUGCUGAAGCUGCUGCUGGACUUGCUGUACCACACCGCACGCAACCAGAAGAUCAACAAGAUGUCCGCAAUGAAUUUAGCAACAAUGUUUGCCCCCCAUAUAAUCUGGCCCAAAAAUGUGAUGGCAAGUGCCCUUCAGGGAAACAUCGAAAAGCUGAAUAGCGGGGUAGCGUUUCUCAUCAGGCACUCACAGAAACUGUUCAAGGCUCCUCCGUAUAUCAAAGAGUACGCUCGCUUCUGCUUCACCGGAUCAAAAACUCUUACGUCAAAUGAUGACAUGUCGCUCUGUUCUGGGCCUCGAGAGGGGCCGGCGGCCGCCGUAACAGCUGCCUCCCCGGCUCCGUCCAUGAGGACAGUCCCGGGUGAGGUCGGCAGCAGCUGCACCGUCGGGUCAUCGGACAAUCCCAGUUACACUGAAACUGCCCUCCAAGAGCUUUACCAGCAAGUCAACAAGAUGCCCGAGUCCGCCAAAAAGAAAAAACUCAUCAGACAGUUUGAAAAGCAGCCAGCACUGACUUCAUCAGCUGAUUCGGGGUCACCGCUCUGCAGGGGACACUGGCGUUCGCGAUCUCUGGGUGGAAUCAUUAAGAAGAAGGUGUUGGGAAGCCAGACAUCGUCCGAUAAAGAAAACAAGAGUUCCCACGAGGCCGCUCCACUGAUGGCUCCAGCAGGGAACGCACCACCUGUGGAAUAGACUGAACUGUUUCAAAGGAAUGGGCUCAACACAACUUGGGAAACAUUUUGUCAUCAUCUUUAAUGGAUCAUCUUGAGGCUUCAACAAAAGCUAAACAGUGUACUGUUAUUUUUAUUGUUACAGCAGUAUGACUUUUUAUAUGCCUUUUUUUAAGCAAGUUUACCGGUCUUCAAGAGUUACUAUGUAAUUGUUACAGUGGCAUCAGCCAGUUGUAUCUGAUUGCAGUUUUAUGUGUUGUUAUAUUCUUCUGACACCUUGAACUCACUUUGAAAUGACAAAGUGAUAUGUAGACCUUUGUCUUUUCUAAAUUUUAUACUUUUUAAGUUAAGCUAUUGUGAAUUUAAUUCCCAAAAUGUGCCUUAAAAUGACUGUUUUGCAUGGCAAUCUAUCUUAUUUAUUGUAUUCCAAAUAUGACUUAGCGUGUCAGUACAAAGAAAAUGAAGAACAGGAAGUGAGGCGAUGAAAAGCUGAAUGACAAAGUUAUGCAUUCUUUUUGUGGCUGAGAGAAAAUUUGGCAUGUGAACACUGAUACCGAGAACUACUACUACUUUAAGCUAUUUGUUCUUUUCUUGGGUUUUUCUGGCUGUGACGGACCGGCCACCUGUGGCCCGGCUCUGGAUGAGGCAGGAGAAAAGAUGGAGCGUUUCUUUGAGUUCUCUCUCAGGCUACUUUUGAUUCCUAUGCAAAUUGUUAUGCAGUUUAAUAGCAUUACGUAUAUUUAAAGACAAAAUUGAUGUAUAGUUUGUUUGUUUGUUUGUUUUUUUAAUGAACAUUGCUGUUACAUAUUUUCAUCUUUGGUCUUAUUGUCUUUUUCUGUUUUUCUGAUAGAGGGUUAGCCACUUUGAAUGGCAUGACAUUGUGAUGUCUUAUUUCAGUAAUACUCUGCAAAGCUGUUAUUUUUUUAAGUGUAAUGUGUCAACUGCUGCUGCUUAGAGUAACUGAGUCUAUAGUGUGUUGUGAACCUAUGCAAUUCAGUGGGA